AUGACUAAGAUUAAGACAACAUCAAUCAUUCCAUGGAAUAGUACAACAAGUAUGACAAUAACUUCUACUUCUUUAUUGGAAAUUAAAUCAUCGAUCAGUAUUCUUAUUCGGUUUGAAAUCAUUGCAGCUUGUAUCACUUAUGGUUUUGGCUUUAUUGGUAAUCUAUUAUCAUUAUUUAUUUUCUCUACACAAAGUGAUUUUCGAAAUGUCUCUACAGGUGUUUUAUUUCUUCUUAUGACUGUAUCAAAUACUGCUCAUUUAUGGACAUUAACAACAGAAUUUCUUGGUACAUUUAAUAUCUAUGUUUAUUCGGAUGUAUUUUUACAAUGUCGUCUUAAUUAUUUUAUACAAAAUGUUAGUCGAGCAAUUAGUACGUAUUUAGCAAUUACUGUUACAUGUGAUCGAUUAAUUCGUUCCGAAUUACCAAUACGGUCACGAUUUAUAUGUACACGUGAAAAUGCAAUUAAAUUAACUAUAUUCUAUUGUAUUAUUUUUUCAAUUCUUCAUUCAUUCUGGUUCUGUCCAUUGAAUACAUUAAGUCCAAUAGGUGGUGUUUGUUAUACUGGUCCACCAUCAGCAUAUACGUAUUUUUUUAGUAAUAUAUUUCUUCCUCUUCGAUUAAUCUUUAUUUGUAUUAUUCCUGUUAUUAUUAUGAGUUUAGCUAAUAUACGUAUGUUAUUUAAUAUCAGACAAUCUCAUCGACGUGUUACACAAGGAAAUGAAAUCAAUGUAAUUCCUGGUGGAUCGAUGAGACAACGUAUGACAUCACUUGAUCGAAUGCUUUUCUAUAUGAUGUUAGUCAAUGUUAGUGCAUUUAUUAUAACACAAAUUCCGUUUCAAGUUUAUACCCUUGUACGAACUUAUUACAGAGGUUUAAGUACACUUGAUAAUUUAUUAGUUCGUGCAUUGGUAUUGAUUUGGUCAAGUAUUUAUUUUGGUUUUGGAUCUUAUUUAUAUUGUUUUGCAUCGCCACUUUUUCGUGAAUCACUUUUUAGAAUACUUAAGAAUAUUAUUUAUUGUCGAAUACAUCAGCAAAGACGAUAG